CCUCGUGUGUAUUUAAUCUAUUGCUGCUCGGCUGCAGCGCAUUCCAAUAACCCCUCUGCCCCUCACUCUACUAUUGGAGGGGCACUGCAAUUAGCAACACACGACGCAGUACACGACAUAGAACCAAGGACCUGGACAUCAACCAUAGCAAGAUUGUAUACAAUUUUUGUGUGACAGCGGGACUUAGAGGACCAAACGACAACACUGCAACAAGUCGCCCACACCUGGAAGGCUUCCAAGAUGUCCUCUACCUCGGUGCAGGUCUGGGCGCAGGACCUCAGAAAGGCUGUAGUGAAGGUGACUCCAGGCACAUCGAUGUUCAGUGUCCUGGAGGAGGCAUGCCAAAAGCUCAAGCUGCCUGCUGAGAAGUACACACUGAAACACCAGAAGAAGCAAUUCCAACUGAACGAUGCGUUUCGAGUCACUGGCCUGCCACCUGGUGCCAGGCUAGAACUCGUUGCCAAGUCCAAGACCCCCACUGUUGUCAACAUCGCCUUAACACUGCCUGAGUCCAUGGCCCAGACCCUGUCCACCAGACGCCUCACGAGAAAGUUUCGAAAUGACACGACACUGUGGAAGAUGCUACGGCAGUUCGAGGCUGACGGUGCAGCUGAAAACAAGAGACUGAGCUUUACGGACCGUGCUUCUCCACAGACAAGUAAUGGAGUGCAGGCAGGUAGUGGCCAGCUGUACUACGAGAUGCCCGUCUUGCGGAUCAUGAACCGCGAGGUCUCGACGCUGGUAGACUUCCAGAAGACGCUGUCGCAGCUGGGCCUAGACUCUGGGAGCCACGGAAUACAGCUUUCGUUCAAGCCCACCCAACAGACCCUCAGUGAGGCUAUGCAGGAGAUAUCUCAGUUUUUUAAGGAUGAAGAGGCUGUCGAGGUCAAGGAGAAGGAAGCCGCGCCAAAGCUGGAAUCGCCAGCCGCGCCGGUGGCCGAGAACUCUGCGGCACCAAGUGUAUCGGAGCCAUCUGGUGCAGUGGUCAACACAGUGACAGAGGAGGCUCCGAAUGAUGCGGCUCAAGAGACCACGAAGGAGAUAUCGUCAGCAGCAAACAUUGCAGAUGGAACAGGAGAUGCUAUGGACGUCGACGAGCCUGCGGCACCGCCUCACGAUCCCCUUAAGCCCACCAACAUUUUCUCUGCUCCUACCAACGCGACCCCUGCCGCGGCGUCCGUCGACCUUCCCGAUUCGUACUACACGCCCACAGUCGCGCACGCUCAGAUGCAUCAGCAGAAGUUGCAGGAGAACGCAGUGAACAGGCGCCUGAAGUCCGACGCAGAAAUCGAGGCUGAAACCCGUGCCGAGGAGGCAAAGAUCGCAGCGGUUAAGAAGAUCACAGUGAAAGCACGCUUUCCGGAUGGGACCGCUGCGCAGUGGGAGUUUGGACCCGACGAUACCGGUGCGACGCUGUACAAGGCCGUACGUAGCGUCAUGGCCGAUGACUCGGCGCCCUUCAAGAUCGUGCUGCCUGGUCCGCCGACUGCAGAGAGCCAUAUCAAGGACGAUGCAGGUGCCAAGCACAAGCUGAUCAAGGGUUACAAGCUGUCCGGCCGCGUUCUUGUCAACUUCGUCUGGGAGGAUAGCGUGUCCCAGCAUGUCAAGAAGGCAGACUUUCUGAAGCCCGAGUACGCCAAUGUUGCUCGCAAGGUCGAGGUUCCUGAUAUCCCCGUGGUGGAGGACGAGCCCGAGACGAGUGCAAGGCAUCAGCAGGCGGCACCUCAGCCUUCGAGCUCUGCUGACAGCGGUGGGUCUGCAAAGAAGAUGCCAAAGUGGCUCAAGGGCUUGGGAGGGAAGAAGUAG